AUGCCGUGUGGUUCCCAUCUCUUUCCCGCGGAUGUCGUAAAUGGUGACUGGCGAGCCGCCGCUCCCUCCGAGACCGCUGACCGGCCCGCAGGCGCGGAGGGCGAGUUCAAGCUGCUGGAGCCGGAGCGCGUGGCGCGGCUGUGGGGCGCGCGCAAGCACAAGCCGGCCAUGAACUACGAGAAGCUGUCGCGCGCGCUGCGCUACUACUACGACGGGGACAUGAUCGCCAAGGUGGCCGGCAAGCGAUUCGUGUACAAGUUCGUUUGCGACCUACGACAACUUAUCGGCUACGACGCCGGGGAGCUCGCCGAGCUCGUAAAGGGCGUCCACGACGGCGGGGCGUGCGAGGAAUAGCUGGCUUCUACGACAACACGCCGCAGAGGAGAACGGGGCCGCUCUCCGUGUGGUUAAAGGCGAUUGAGGGUACUUCAAUUCAGCGCUACGAAAGUAUACUUCAAAUGGGUUGUCGUGAUGCGAUGGCUGGUCAUGAAACUGAUGUAAUACUUUUCAGUUGAAAGAAGAUAAAUUGUUAGAUACGUGCUUGUAUGAAGAGAGUUAUGAAUGUGGAUGAAGCGAAGGAAGUGUGCAGAGAUCGUGGCAAGUGGGAAGAUGUGGUCUCUGUCUACCCCUCCGGGAAAAAGUUAUAAUUUCUUCUUCUUAAGCCUUUUUUAAGUAUCUUGAGGCAGGGCUUUGACCCGACGGCAUACCAUUACCGAAUGCGGGGUAGACAGAGCCAACAGUCUUGAAAAGACUGAAAGGCCACGUUCAGCUAUUUGGCUUAGA